AUGCCUCUGAACUUACGAUCAUCCGGUAUAAAAGCGCCUCUCAUCCUUGCUCCCGCUUUGCCAACCCGUCAUUCUUUAAGUCCUCCCAAGGUCUCCUGUCAGCAAAUUAACUCUGGAUUCAAUUUAGUUGUCGAUAAAUCAGAUCAAUCUGCUGAGUUUGAAGUCGUUUCUACCUCUGUGUCAAUAGCUGCCAUUUGCAGCACGACUGUCACUGACACCGGCCACUUUGAUGCUUCUUCACCCACAUCUUCUCCUUCUUUCUCUAAUUUAUCCCCUGUCAAUCCUCUUAGAGCAGCGCCUGGAGCCAUUUCUACUCACCUAACAAGCCCGCCUUGCCUACCCACUUCGAGGCCAAGUGGCAUUGUCCCUCCCUCUAUUCGCUUACCGUCUCGUACGCCGAUUACAACCACCACAGCUUGUUCCACCAAUCCUAUUUCUUACUCUUCUCCAGUGACCAUUUCCAGUGCUCAUCCAGGACUUCCAACAUGCUUAGGUGAUCUUAAGCAUAGAGUGGAAUCACAAGGGCUUGAUAUGGUUUCAGAAGUUUCGUCUGAGGCGACAAAAUCAGCGUCAGAUUCCAAUCCUUCCAUCCCUGCCAACUUGAGUGGAUCAUCAUCUGGACAGCUAUUCUCAGGAGUCACUGGUAUUUCCACCGGCAUAAGGAUCCCAUCUCGUCUGCCCAGACAGGCAGUGGCUAAAGUAGUUUUGAUUUAA